UUUGGGGAAAGGUUUACAGUAGACUGCCAGGACUGUGUUUGCCGGGAAGGUGGAAUUGGCAUUGUGUGCAAGCCUCAUGAAUGCCCCAAACAAAACAUCACCACUUGUGUUGGAGAAGGCUUCUAUAAGGUCACUGAGGUCAAUGGUGAAGACUCCUGCUGCCCCAUUGUCACCUGCAAAUGCAAUAUAAGCUUGUGCACAACUAAACCCCCCAGGUGUCCACUGGGAUUUGAAGUUGAAUCUGAUAUUCCCAGUGGUCAGUGCUGUCCUGUAUACAAGUGUGUUCCCAAGAGGGUUUGUGUACACGAGAAUGCUGAGUUCUUGGGAUAUGAACUUCGACCAGUGAAAGGUGAAUGCUGUGGAAGAUGUGUGCAGACUAAGUGUGUUAUACGUACAGCCAGCAAUUCUCAGCUCAUCCUGAAUCCUGGAGAGUUUAUAAACGAUCCUUACAACAACUGCACCAUUUAUAGCUGUGUACAUAUCCACAACCAGUUUAUCUCUUCCACAUCAGAGAUCACCUGCCCAGCAUUCAACGAGGAGACCUGCAAACCUGGCACCGUUACCUUCUUACCUAACGGGUGCUGCAAAACCUGUGCACCUCUGGACAGUCCCACCCCUUGCACUGUCCGUAGGAGGAAGGAUUUCAUCGUCUACAGGGGCUGUCGUUCUGUGGACAGAGUUGUCAUGACUGAAUGUGAGGGAACGUGUGGAACCGUCUCACUAUACUCUGCUGAAUCCAACUCCAUGGACCACAGCUGCUCCUGCUGCAGGGAGCUGAAGUCCUCCCUGAAGGAGGUGAGACUGAAAUGCCCCAGUGGGCGUUUCAUUUCCCACAAGUACAUGUAUGUGGAGAGCUGCAGCUGUCAAGACACGGACUGCAGAAACCCACGGUCCAUCCAGGUCUCCACCGUCAGCAGGAGCGAAUGUGCCACCUGGGGCAACUUCCACUUUCACACCUUUGACCACGUGAAGUUCACUUUUCCUGGCACCUGCACCUACGUCUUCGCUUCCCACUGCAACGACAGCUACCAGGACUUCAACAUCCAGGUCAGGCGCAGCUCCGGGGGCGGCCUCCUCAUCUACUUCACCCUCACCAUCGAUGGGCUGGUCCUGGAGGUGAAGGAGACGGGCAUCACAGUCAAUGGGAACAAGAUCCCCCUGCCCUUCAGCUUGAAGAGCAUCCUCAUUGAGGACACCUGCACCUACUUCCAAGUCACUUCCAAGCUGGGCCUGACCCUCAAGUGGAACUGGGCUGACACUCUCCUACUGGACCUAGAAGAAACAUAUAAAGAGAAAAUAUGUGGUCUGUGUGGGAACUACGAUGGCAGUGAGAAGAAUGACUUGAUUCUGGAUGGCAGCGACUCAGAUGCACCUGGGGAUUAUUUUGCAGGCUAUAAAAUGCACCCGAGGCAGUUUGGAAACUUCCACAAAGUGGAGGAUCCCUCAGGAAAGUGUGCUGAUGUGAGUCCAGAUGACCACACUGGGAGGCACCCUAGGAGAGAUGAAGAUAGAUGCAGUAAAUUUAAAAAAAGAUGCAAGAAACUCAUGUCCCGGUUUGGAAACUGCCCCAAAGUGGUUGCAUUUGAUGACUACGUAGAGACCUGUGCUCAAGACAUGUGCCACUGUGCAGUUAAUUCUUCUGACUCUGAUUUGGUUUCCAGCUGCAUAUGCAGCACUUUAAACCAGUACUCUCGAGACUGUGUCCUCAGGAAAGGAGACCCUGGGGAGUGGAGAAGCAAAGAGCUUUGCUGUGAUACUUGCAAAGGAGGCCACUGGAGCUGCAUCUCUCUGCCCUGCUCUGGAAGCUGCCACAUAGAUGGAGGAUUCCACAUCACGACAUUUGAUAACAAGAGAUUCAAUUUUCAUGGCAACUGCCAUUAUGUCUUAGCUAAGAAUACUGAUGACACCUUUGUGGUGAUUGGAGAGAUCGUCCAGUGUGGGACAUCAAAGACAAUGACUUGCUUGAAGAAUGUGUUAGUCACACUAGGAAGAACUAGCAUAAAAAUAUGUUCCUGUGGAAAUAUCUACAUGAAUAAUUUCAUUGUGAAGCUGCCAGUAAUCAAAGAUGGCAUCACCAUCUUCAGACCCUCUACCUUCUUUGUCAAAAUCCUGAGCUCAGCUGGGGUGCGGAUUCGAGUGCAGAUGAAGCCUGUAAUGCAGCUCUCCAUAAGAGUCCAUCACUCCUAUCAGAAUCGCACAUCUGGGCUUUGUGGCAAUUUCAACAACAUCCAGACCGACGACUUCAGAACAGCCACUGGAGCCGUGGAAGAUUCAGCUUCUGCUUUUGGUAACUCCUGGAAAACUAGAGCCAGCUGUUUUGAUGUUGAGGACAGCUUUGAAGAUCCGUGUUCAAACAGUGUGGAUAAAGAGAAAUUUGCCCAGCAUUGGUGUGCUCUCCUGUCUAACACAAGCAGCAUGUUUGCUGCCUGCCAUCCUGUUGUGGACCCUUCUGUCUACAUCAAG